UACAUUUAGCUUUAGCCAAAAUUAGCUAGGUGUUCAGAAUCAUUGAUAUAUCCCGGCGAAUCGAGCGUUUUUCUUUUCAACCGUCAGCCUAAGCGGAAGUUAUUUAUUUGGUGCUGCCUGCGUGUACAGUGCCAAACAUGUAUAUAAAAGCCUUAUUUCGAUGCAGGGACAUGCUGAAAGGAGAACUGAUCGUGUGAAAUGCUGGCUAGCUUCAUCACAGCUAGCUGACUAGCAGGGGCCGAGAAACGAAAGUGGCUAACAUUAACGAGGGCUAAGCCUAUCACAACAAGCCUGGCUACUUUAAUAUACCUGCCGUGAGCACAAGAAGAAGGGCUGACUGAGAUAGUUCGUUUCCUGAGAAGUAGCAGUGAGUGUCUCUAGGGCGGAGCCAUGGGUGCAUUCCUGGACAAGCCCAAAACAGAGAAGUACAACUCGCAUGGUGAGGGCAAUGGCCUGCGCUAUGGCCUGAGCUCCAUGCAGGGCUGGCGGGUGGAGAUGGAGGAUGCUCACACCGCUGUGUUGGGACUCCCAGCUCCUGGUAUGACUGACUGGUCCUUUUUUGCCGUGUACGAUGGUCAUGCUGGCUCUCGGGUUGCCAACUACUGCUCUAAGCAUCUCCUGGAACACAUAAUCACUGCUAGCUUAGGGUCCGGAGGUAUACAAGUCUCCCAGGCUGGAACAGACGGCUCCACCAGCGACCCGCCAGCACUGGUUCCUCCUGCAGUGGAGACGGUGAAAAGUGGGAUCCGGACAGGCUUCCUGAGGAUCGAUGAGCACAUGCGCAGCUUCUCUGACCUCCGUAACGGCAUGGACCGUAGUGGCUCCACAGCGGUGGGCAUUCUCCUGUCACCCGAUCACUUCUUCUUCAUUAACUGUGGAGAUUCCCGAGCCGUUCUGUACCGCAAUUCAGACGUGUGCUUCUCUACACUUGACCACAAGCCCUGCAACCCACGUGAGAGAGAGCGCAUCCAGAAUGCAGGUGGCUCAGUGAUGAUUCAGAGGGUAAAUGGGUCGCUGGCUGUAUCGAGGGCCUUGGGGGACUAUGACUACAAGUGCGUGGAUGGUAAGGGCCCCACGGAGCAGCUGGUUAGCCCCGAACCAGAGGUGUUUGCGAUGGUCCGGGCUCCGGAGCAGGAUCAGUUCGUGAUUCUGGCAUGUGAUGGCAUCUGGGACGUCAUGUCCAAUGAAGAGCUGUGCGAGUUUGUGAAAUCUAGGCUUGAGGUGUGCGAUGACCUGGAGAGAGUCUGUAAUGAAGUGGUGGACACCUGCCUGCACAAGGGGAGCCGGGAUAACAUGAGUGUUGUGUUAGUGUGUUUACCCAACGCUCCCAAAGUAUCAGAGGAAGCUGUGAGGAAAGAAGCAGAGCUCAACAAAUUUCUGGAGUCCAGAGUGGAAGAGAUGCUGUCAAGGCCAGGAGAGGAGGGGUUUCCGGACCUGGUAACCGUGAUGAGGAACCUGUCCACUCUCAGCGGCAUGCCCGCUCUGCCACCAGGGGGUGGCCUUGCCAGCAAACGCAGUGUUAUCGAGGCAGUAUACAACCGUCUGAACCCAUACAGGGAGGAGGAUGGAACCGGAGCGGAUGUGGAGUGCCACUGGUAGCUGUCCAGCACAACUGCCCGAUCCAAAAAGACAGGACCACUAUUUCCACACGAGAUCACAUCCAUACUCACCUUUUAAUUUCCUCUGGGAUUUUUUUAAUUUUUAAAUUUUUUUUUCCCCUCCCACACUGAGAGAUUAAUCGACGCAGAGAUCUUGGUUGACUGCGAAACAAAUUGCGUUGGUUCUUUUUGGGGGGAAAGAAACUGCAUUCGUGUUCUGACAGCAGGACUACAUGUACGGUGUCAGAGGAGAGGCAAACAAGCACAGUUUCUCUUGACGGUUGUUUUCUUUGAGGUUGUUGUUUUUGUGGUGGAUUGACAGAGCGGCCCUGCUCUGGAUGCUUCGGGGCUCUACGGUGCCUUGCUCAGACCUGAGAGAGAAGGGAGGACCUCACAACUCAACAGCCAGCCAGUCGACCAUUACCAAAAACCAGCCACUGACUGAACAGACUGAGGUGGUUUGUGGCAUUAUUUUGUUUUUUUUGAAGUGUGACCUUUUCUCGCUGGGAGCUAACAGACACACACGAGCCUGCGAUACCCACGAAGCUACACUGUCCAGCACAGGUCCAGGGGUGUUACUGGCACUCAGACAGGACUUUUGCACCCGGCUCGAUCAUCCCACAAAACUCCUGGAUUCAAAGACCUCUGAGGAGCACAUUUGAGAGCCUGUCUGAAGUUCAGCUCUGCUUCUCCCUAUGAAACUCAAACAGGACGUGGGCCGGCGGCGGCGGCAGACAGUUUAAACUCAAGCGUGACGGCGACGACGACUCCUCUCGCACGUCUCCGCUCACUUCCUCUCCUCUCGUCUCCUAAAGGAUGCCGUCAAACAGUCGAUUUUGUCGCUCUUCCCUUCCGCCUCUCUCUUCAUCUGCGCUUCCUCUGUCUCUUCAUGUGACAGGAGGGACUCGACUGUCACCUGCACCGGCAGACGUCGCCAGAAUCAUAAGCUUUUGAGCCUGCUGUUGUUAAAGAUAUAGAAAGAUAGAAAUGAUUAUAUAUUAAAUUCAGAUAUAUAUAUAUGAGUGUAUAGAUAUAUAUUUUGAUUUGUUUCAUCUAAAUUCCCAGCGAUGGAAUUCGUUGUGGCCUGAUGUGCGUGUGGCCUGUGUGUUUGUGUGUGUGUGUAGACAAACUAAAAAGCUGCACACACACACACACACACUCGCAGCGUUCCCACACAGCAGCGUUCCAAAGACAGGGUUCUAGGGGGGUAAAGGAAUUCCAACCUCACUUUCUUCUUCCCCUCCUCAACACAUUGAACCCUGCUCAUGCUACAACUUGCCUUUUCUAUCUUUCAAAUAUCCUGUGUGGAAAUUCUUAUUAUUUUUUGUUUUGAUUUUUACUUUUUAAAACAGUUUUUAAAAUGUCGUUUUGGUUGGUAUGAUCGCUGUGGUCCUGUUACGGAUGGAUAAAACGAGGGGAGCACCAAACACACCUUGUACAGCAUAUUGGGAGAGAGAAGUAGUUUUUUUUUCUUUUGGUGUUUCACUGUAUGAAGUAAAGGAGAGACACGGUGGACGGAGGGGAAUAGGCUCUACACCCGGAGCUGUGUUCACACUGUUAAUGGAAUUGCUGAAAUGUUUCCACAGCUACCUUCACGGACUUUGCGUCAAGAGGUGUGGGGCAGUUACUGAGAAAAAAAAACAAACAAACCCUGGUGUGACUCUUUGGACUAACCCACAGUCUGUUUAAUUUCAACCCAAGCACUAAAAAAAAAAGGCGGUUUUUCGUUCUUUUUGAAACAAAUACGCGCAUAAACAAAGCGGAUACACACACUUUGAGGGUGUAUUCUUUUCUUUAGAUGAUUUAAAAUAUAAAUAUAUACAAACCUGUAAUAUACACUUCUUCUUUUAAUUUUUUUUUUUUUCAAUCAUUCAAUGGCGACUUCAUCGUGCUUUCCUGAAGUGGCGAUAUUGAAAGAGGCCUAACAGAGUUUGCUGGCUGGUUAAUGUUCUUGUGGUACACUUGCUCUUGGUGCCAUAUGACGAAUAGGUACUUGAAUGUGUAGUUCUUUUGCAGUUGUUUUAAUGCGAUGAUUCAAGUUUUUUUUCUUUCUUUGUUUUGUGGUGGAGGGGAGCGGGAUGGGGGGUGGGGAUCUUAUAGUGGUGCAUGUUUUUUGUGAUUGAGGGAGGAGUGUGUUUUGUGUGUGAGAUGCACUGGGCGGGUGGGGAGGACGUGUUCGGCGUGGUGGAACGCAAUGUUAGAGAAGAGAAGCGGCGAUAGAAGGACUACCUAGAGACAAGUGGAACGCAUCAGACUUGAAUUUAGCCCUCUAAAAUGGCAUGUUUUUCCACUGUCUGAUUUGAUGUCGUUCCUGAAUCAUUCCCAUCGUGGCCAUUACGUCGUAUUUCCUGACUUUAUUUUUUUUUAACAUUGUUCAAGGUUUCGCCACACUGAACACAGUCUUCAGUUUAGGUUCAUGUUUAAGCUACAACAGACACUGGGCUCGGAGAGGAUUUGAGGGAGAAAACGUUUAUUUUUCUGAAUGUAAUUGUUCAUUAUUCACACUGAUUCCACUGCAUGGACUGAAUACGAGCAGCACUGCAGCAUCACACUCUCCUCAGUCAGUUGAUGACACGAAAACGAGCUCUCUUGGCUUCCUUUGUUUUUGACAAAAGUAUAUAUACUUGAUCAUUAUUUUGGUUGUGGAAUAUAAUAUCAGAACUCACUUCACUUCACACAGAGGAGACUUUCUUUGGAGGUUUGGUGAUGCCUGAAUCAUUUGACCCUGACUUGUUGCUAUGAUUUGCGGAUAUGUUAAGUAAAGAGAAUUUUACAAAAGCA